ACUACGGAUUACAAUCGGUUGCUUGGCAACAUGGCGGCGCCCAUCUGAGCACCUCUCCCGCACGACACCUCCACUGCGCGCGUUCCGUUCGGCCGAGCGGCUGUCUCACCUGGGCCGUGAAGGAGCCCGGUGGGGGGCGGGGGGCCUCAUGUCUCUGUGUCGCUGCGUGGGGUCGCGGCUGCUGCAGGUGCCGCUGCGGCUCCGGAUCCCGGGUCCCCACGGCAAUGCCGCCGCGCUGCACGUCUCCUCGCCCCGGGGCGACACCAGAGUCCAGCAGCUGCAGCGAAUGCUGGCCAAGCACAGAAAGAAGCAUUGGUUUCAGUCGCGUUUUAAGCCGGAGGUCUUCCAGGGGUCCCUGGACUCGGGCCCAAACUGGUUGGGAGGGACGUCGCUGGGGCCCCGAAAACGGGCCAAGGGCGAGGACAGCCUGCGCUCCCGCACGGUGAGCAGCCUGCUGAUGCGCUACAUCGUGGACCUGAUGGGCACGUCCGAGGUGGGGCCCGAGGUGUGCCACCUGCCCAUGGAGAUUGUGAAGGUGAAGAUAUCCCCGGACUUCAGCGCGUGCCGCGUGUACUGGCGUGGCCUGGGCAGCACGGAGCAGGACGAGGGCACAGCGCGGACGCUGCAGCGCUACGCCAAGCACCUGCGGCACCUGCUCAUCAGCUACCAACUCAUUGGGAAUGUGCCGCCGAUCGUGUUCGUGCAGGACAAGAAGUACGCGGCCGUGGCAGAGGUGGAACGUUUGCUGGCGUGCAUUGGAGUUGACGGCAGUGAGGAAUUGGAGCUGGGGGCUCCGGUGGACCCUGCUAUCGCGGGGGACCCUGCCACCGCGGGCCCCGGUGACCAAGCUGAGGCGUGGGGGCCGCCCCUCCCGGCCGACGUGUUUGGGGUGGACCGCGCCGCCAUGCUGCGGCAGAUCGCCGGCUACAAGAAGCGCGAGCGGCCCAGCGCCGUGGCCGAGCCCGUGGGGGACGAGUGGGACCGGCUGCAGCGGCAGCAGCUGCGGAGGCUCAAGCAGAAGAUGCAGGCGAAGAAGAAGAAGAAGAGAAGCGAGGACGAGGACGACGUCACGCCCGCAGCAUACCUGGCCCAGCGGCUCCAACGCGAUGAGGAGAUGCGCAGGCGGCAGCAGGCCGAGUGGCACAGCGACGAGCUCGAGGACGGUGACGACAGCGAUUAUCGUGGAGUUAAAGACCGGUAGCUUCCAGACAAAUGUUUGUUUUUUUUUUUAUAGCGAAGGGUAGAAUGGUGGCAUUUUUUAUGAACGUGCAUUGAAUGUUGUAGCGCAAGCCAUGUUGAUGCAAUUCAUAGCAGUCUUCUCUUAAACAUAACAAAUAGGGUUUAUUUACAAUUGGCUUCAUUACGGUGGCAUAUUCUUAACGAGCAUUAUCAGCCAGCAUCUUCCACCACGCACAUCUUUAACAGAGUCGAUUGGAUAAUCGGUCUCAAUAAAUGUUUUUGUUUAUUGACCGAUAGUUCAGCUUCACAGAUGUCAUUGUAAGCAAAUAGCUUAUACAUAAGCACAAUAGAAAAAUAAACAUGCGAGGGAGUUUGUUUUCAGAUUGAAAAGUAAAAAUUAAAAAGCAUAAGUGUGCAGUCCCGCAAAUUGUUUUUCCAUGUAAAAUAUGUAUACAAAGACAUCCCGGAGAUGCUCUUAACUUUGCCGAGUCAUGCCGCGUUUGAGUCUAAAUGUAAAGGAACCGGUCACAAAUGGGUUUCCUCGUUUAAACAAAUGGAAAUUAUCCCAAUGGUUGAACAGUUAACGAAUAAAAGAUACAAAGUGAUUAUGGUGUAGACAUCUA